AUGCGGUCUCUUCCAAUCAGCAAGGUGGAAGCUGCUGAUGUCAUCAGCUAUUCCAGCCUGACAACCAGUUUGAAAGCAAACAUAGAUGAGGUCUGGCGAGAGAACAACCUUAUGAACAGAGCAUGGGAAGGUAAAGCUAAACAUUCAAGGCCACCUGUGUUCUACAAGAACAAAAGCUUGGUGGGAGAGGGAAGCAGUGUUUCAGGGAAAGCUUUCAGUGUAGAGAAGAACCUUGUUCCUCGGAAAAUAGCCUCUAAGUGUGACUUGUGUGAAAAGAGUUUGGCCUGUGUUCCAGAAUACAUUAGCAGUGAUGGAAGCUAUGCAAGCAUGAAACCCAGCGAGUGCAGUGGAUGUGGGAAGUCGCUCCUCCACAUGAAGCCUCAGAAAGCCCAUCCUGGAGGUAAUUCAGAUCAUCAAAAUGGAGAUGCUUACACACUGAAUGAAGAGAAUUUUUAUCAGAAAAUUCAUAUUUUAGAGAAACCCUUUGAAUACAUUGACUGCCAGAAAGCCUUCCCGAAGGACCCAGUUUUUAAUCAUGUGGACGAAAAGUCCUAUAACUGGAAUGCAUCGGAAAUGGCCUUUCUCCAGAUGUCAGACCUCAAUGUCCAUCAGAGACCACACAUGGAAAUGAAACCCUAUGAAUGCCGUGAGUGUGGGAAAUCCUUCUGUAAAAAGUCAAAAUUUAUCAUCCACCAGAGGACUCACACAGGAGAGAAACCUUACAAAUGUAACCAGUGUGGGAAAUCCUUCUGCCAGAAGGGGACCCUCACUGUCCACCAGAGAACUCAUACAGGGGAGAAGCCCUACGAAUGCACUGAGUGCGGAAAGAACUUCUACCAGAAGUUGCACCUCAUCCAGCACCAGCGCACGCACUCAGGAGAAAAGCCCUAUGAGUGCAGCUACUGCGGGAAGUCCUUCUGCCAGAAGACACACCUCACCCAACACCAGAGGACGCACUCGGGAGAGCGGCCUUAUGUGUGUCACGACUGUGGGAAGACUUUCUCCCAGAAGUCAGCCCUUAAUGACCAUCAGAAAAUUCACACUGGCGUGAAACUCUACAAGUGCAGCGAGUGUGGGAAAUGCUUCUGCCGCAAGUCCACUCUCACGACCCACCUGAGGACACACACGGGCGAGAAGCCCUAUGAGUGCAAUGAAUGUGGGAAGUUCUUCUCCCGGCUGUCAUACCUCACUGUGCACUACAGAACCCACUCGGGAGAGAAGCCGUAUGAGUGUGCGGACUGUGGGAAAACCUUCUACCUGAACUCAGCCCUCAUGAGACACCAGAGGGUACACACUGGGGAGAAGCCGUACGAAUGCAACGAGUGCGGGAAGUUAUUUUCCCAGUUGUCCUACCUCACCAUCCAUCACAGGACUCACUCAGGGGUGAAGCCGUAUGAGUGCAGCGAGUGUGGGAAAACCUUCUACCAGAACUCAGCCCUCUGCAGACACCGCCGGAUUCACCGUGGGGAGAAGCCCUACGAGUGCUACAUAUGCGGCAAGUUCUUCUCUCAGAUGUCCUACCUCACCAUCCACCACAGAAUCCAUUCAGGAGAGAAGCCCUAUGAGUGCCGCGAGUGUGGGAAAACCUUCUGCCAGAACUCAGCCCUUAACAGACACCAGAGGACACAUACCGGAGAGAAAGCCUACGAGUGCUAUGAGUGCGGGAAGUGCUUCUCUCAGAUGUCCUAUCUCACCAUCCACCACCGCAUCCACUCAGGAGAGAAGCCCUUUGAAUGUAAUGAAUGUGGGAAAGCCUUCUCACGGAUGUCUUACCUCACUGUGCACUAUAGAACCCACUCGGGUGAGAAGCCCUAUGAAUGCAUGGAAUGUGGGAAAAAGUUCUACCACAAGUCAGCCUUCAAUAGCCAUCAAAGGAUUCACAGGAGAGGGAAUGUGGAUGUAGUGGAUGUGGGAAGGCUUCUCUGAAGUCAGACCUCAGCUCAAAGUUUCAGUGUGGUGAGCUAGACACUCCUGCCUGCAAUCAGACACUGUUGUACAGAUAGCUGUCUGUAUCCAUGGCCUUCAAAUCCACAGAUUAAACACAGUAAAAGUACUUGGGGGAAAUUUACAUUUGUACCAAACAUUACAAAUGUUUCUUGUCAUUAUACUCUAAAUGCACUAUAGUAGCUAUUUAUAUAGCAUUUUAUUGUAUUAGGUAAGUAAUCUUAAUUGAGAGAGCAUUGAAAAGUACACAAAAGGGCCAAGUGCAGUGCUUCAUAUCUGUAAUCCCAGAUACUCUUAAACUAGAGACUGGAAAGAUCAAGGUUCAGGGCCAGCAGUAAGUUAGUAGGAUAUCCCAUCUCAACAAAAACCCUGGGUGUGUUGGUACAUACCUGCUAUCCUAACUACACAUGAAACAUAAGUAGGAGGAUUGAAUUCCAGGCUGACUUAAGCAAAAAUGAAAGCCUUGUUUAAAAUUUUAACUAAAACACCAGGCACCGGUGGCUCACGCCUAUAAUCCUAACUACUCAGGAGUCUGAGA